GACUUGCUGAUGACUUGUGGUUGCUGUUUACCAACCCUAAGGCGUGAAUACGUUCCCCCCGAGUCCACGGAACGAGCCGAAAUGACAUCGUCUACCACUUUGGCACGCUUCGAGCGCGUUUCCCUUGACAUCCGGGGUCUAGGGUAUUUUGGUUGGCGACACAGUGUUCACGGAAUCACACCUGAUCUAGGAGGAACUCGAACUCUGUUUGGAUGACAAGACACGCGACACAAAUAUCAAAUUUCUGAACCUGAUUUCUCGAUCAGCUAGGCAGUCAACUGGUUGUGUAAUCACUUUCACCACGAUAUGCCCUCGGCUCAAUAGAUCGCUUCCCUCGACCGCACUCGCCAUUGAUCGAAGAUGAAUUCGACAGUCUCAUCGCUCCCGAGCGUGGAGAUACCUGCCGCUGCUCUGGAGUUCUUCAACAAUGCCGUUGCCUACCUGCAGAAGAUUCCUGGAUCCGCCAUUGUCGUCCGAUACAUCCGCUCCUCAUAUCAAAAUGAUCCCAUUCGAAGUCUCUUCGAGUUGAUCCUCCUCCUUUUCGCCGUACAAUACCUUCUCGCGCCGUCCUACAGCACAAAGAAGGGCAAACAGAUCAAACUGACUGAAGACGAGAUUGAUGACCUGGUGGAGGACUGGACCCCAGAACCGCUAGCUGCUGAAGAGACGGAGUUUGAAAGGGCAGAGAACGAGAAGCGUCCGGUCAUCAUCGGUCCAGCUGCAGCGAAGACGAAACUUUCCAAUGGGAGGAACGUUCUCAAUCUCGCCUCGUAUAACCACUACGACUUCUCACACAACCCUGAAUUGACUGCAAAGGCCAUUGCUACCAUCCGAACAUAUGGCGUAGGUCCAUGCUCACCUCCCGGCUUCUACGGUACGCAGGACGUCCACAUGAAGAGUGAGAAAGACGUGGCGGCACAUCUUGGAGUCCAAGCGUGUAUUAUCUAUGCUCAGAGUUUCUCCACAAUUUCCAGUGUGAUUCCCGCGUUCAGCAAACGAGGAGAUGUCAUUGUCGCCGAUAAAGCCGUCAACUUUCCCAUUCGCAAGGGUCUGCAGAUCUCACGUAGCACCAUUCGAUGGUUCGAGCACAACGACAUGGAGGACUUGGAGCGGGUACUCGCAAAGGUGGUAAAGGAAGGCUCAGGUAAACCGCUCACCCGUCGCUUCAUCGUCACUGAAGGUCUGUUCGAGAAUGUCGGUGACAUGGUUGAUCUCCCGCGAUUGGUUGCGCUAAAAGAGAAGUACAAAUUUCGAAUCAUCCUCGACGAGACUUGGUCAUAUGGUGUACUUGGUCGGACUGGUGCAGGCGCAACUGAGCAUCAGAACGUCGAUGCCACCAAUGUCGACAUGAUCAUCGGAGGACUGUCGGGAUGCAUGGCCAGCGGCGGAGGCUUCUGUGCCGGUACGAAAGAGAUUGUCGAGCACCAGCGCUUAUCUGCAGCAGCAUACACCUACUCGGCAGCACUGCCCGCACUCCUCGCCACGACUGCAUCAGAAACCGUCACACUGCUGCAAGAGCGACCUGAAUUCAUCCAAAAUCUCAGAGGGAACAUCAAAGCCAUGCGUGCUCAACUUGAUCCGCGAAGCGAUUGGGUGCGAUGUGCUAGCCACGAGGACAACCCGAUCAUGCUUCUCUCUUUGAAGGAUCACAUUGUGCGUGAGCGAGGACUUGAUCGUCAUGAUCAGGAGGCACUAUUACAAGAUGUCGUCGAUGAGUGUCUCAACAACGGUAUCCUCAUUACUCGUCUCAAAGCUAUGCCAGUCGCUCUCGGCGCUACUCCAAAGGACCUCAUCAAGGAAUGGCAACCAGUGCCCGCCCUCAAAGUUUGCAUCACAACCGGUCUCAACAAGAAGGAAACUGAAAAGGCCGGAAUCAUUAUCCGCCACGCUGUCACGACCGUCAUGAAGGGCAAGAAAUGGCAGCGCGGUACUGCGGCGCCAAUGACGAACGUAGUUGUUGCGAGUGCUGCAGCAGCAACGACCGUCGCCGCGACAGCAGGCGCGGGAGCCUGACUAGCACGCUCUAUUGGCUGGAGCUGAGUCUAGGUUCGGAAGAUUUCCUCGAUAACUAUGACAUGAUCAAACUGAGGGUAGUAUCGAGAUCUCUGCGCACCGGACGUGAAGCUCAAAAUCUGAUCUGGCGAAACAGCAAGUGCCUGCCAGGGCUUUGCAGAUGUCUGAUGCGAGACAAAUUUUGAACUGGAGACUGACGACAUCAUGUGCGCUACGCGUUGGCCGCGGACACCCUCGUUGGGUGAUCGCACGCAUUCUGUGCUACUCUUCCCUUUCUUAACUCUAUCGUGAAGCCGGUCCGGUGCUGAUCACAGUGAGAAAGACCGGUUCUUUCUGAUGCCGGCUGAGCUAUUUUGGCCUAUAUAUAAAUCUUUAAUUGAUAAUAAUUCUUGUUGAUGAC